UCUAAAGUGCGGCUGUUUUUCUCCUUUUUUUCCAAUCCAGCUGGCUGUAGCCAAGAGCUAGACGGAAGUGAACGUUUUUAAAUGGGAGGCGGUAAAUAUUUAUGGCAGAGCGGGUAGAAAACGGUUAAUGGAGUGCUUGGUAACUGAAUUUUACUGAUAGUGGGGCAAUUUAAAACGGAGGCGUGUCGAGAAGUUAAAGAGACGGGUGUGGAUAUACUGACUGCAAGUUAAGAAACAUGGGAACUAAGUCGGAUCAGCUCCUGAUCGUUGUCUCCAUUCUAGAAGGUCGACACUUUCCCAAGCGUUCACGCCACCUUCUUGUUGUGGAGGCCAAGUUUGAUGGAGAACAGUUAGCUACUGACCCCGUGGACCAUAAGGACCAGCCACAGUUCUCCACAGAGCUUGCCUGGGAACUUGAUAGAAAGGCACUCCACCAGCACAGAUUACAGCGUACACCUAUUAAACUGCAAUGUUUUGCUGUUGAUUCAUUAACAUCUGCAAAGGAGUCUGUUGGGUACAUCAUCCUAGACCUGAGAUCUGUGCAAGAAAUGAAGCAGGCACCUAAAUGGUAUCCAUUGCUGAGCAGCAAAUAUACCAAACAGAAGCCAGCAAUUCUUGUCAGCUUGGUCCUUGAAACUGAUUCCAAACACUCAGAUGGAUUUAAAGCAAAAGAAGCACCACCAAGGCAAGCUACUCCACCAUUGUCAAAUCUGGAUCCUAGUAAACUGAUUGCAAUGCUGAAUGAAGAGGAAGGUUAUCACCAAAUUGGACCUCGAGAUUACUGCUCUGAUUUUUUUGUUUUGUCUGUCACUGUGGCUUUUGCUACUCAGCUGGAGCAGCUGAUUCCCAGCACCAUGAAGCUUCCUGAAGACAGGCCCGAGUUCUUCUUCUAUUACAACUUGCUGGGAAACGACGUGACCAAUGAACCCUUCACUGACCUUAUCAACCCUAACUUUGAGCCAGAGCGAGCCUCAGUGAAGAUUCGCAGCAGCGCUGAAGUUCUCAGAGUGUUCUUCGCAGCACAGCCAAGCCUUCAGAUACACCUUUGCUGCGGAGACCAGUCCCUAGGUAGUACAGAGAUUUCGCUGGCAGGAAUUUUGAAGAAAAGCAGCGUUGACAUUGAGAAACAGCCUGCAGCAGUGGAAGGAGCUUUCGUUCUGAUCCCUCCAAACAGAGCCAAACAAAAGCUGCCAUCUGUUCCUCUUGAGUUACAGCCAACUGUUGGAGUGUCAGUCACGCUGAGAAAAGACGCAGACAAUUCACAGCCUGCAGGUCCUGCUGUGAGUGAAGAUGUAGCUCGGACUCCCGUGAAGAAGAGAGUUGUGUCUCCUACCCUCCCUAAGUCCCAGGCUCUGGAGCACAGGGCCCGCUCUGUUUCUCCUCCCAGGAGUCCCCCUGCCCCGAGCCAAAACCCCCCCAUAGUUGACCCUGCAACCGAAAGUGAGGUGGAGAGCUUGCAGGAAGACCUGAGACACGCAAAGAGGGACCAAUACGACUCUGAUGGAGGAUAUCGCGAGGAGCUCCCCAUUUCAAAUCACCCAAGGCGAGAAAAGUCAUCCAUCCCCCCCCAGCCUUCACUUCAGAUCCCUGGUUCAUCCAGUGCUGCAGAGGCUCUGCUCAAGGGUGAAGAAGCUCCAAACUCCAGCACCUCAGUCAAUACAUCGGCUCCAAAAGUUGCGAUCCCAGCAUCUGCUCAUCAUUUCUGUUUUUCAUUAGAUUUAAGAAGCAUCAAAGACAUGGAUGUUGGCUUCUCAGUAAAUUGUAUACUAAGAUACUCCUACCCUUUUUUUGGGAGUGCGGCCCCCAUUAUGACCAACCCUCCAACAGAAAUUCGAAAGAACAUGGAAGUUUUCCUGCCUCAGUCAUACUGUGCAUUUGAUUUUGCAGCCAUGCCUCAGCAGCUGCAGGACACAUUUUUCAGGCUGCCUCUAUUAGUGGAGGUUUGGCACAGAGAUAAAUCCUCCAAAGACCUGCUUCUGGGCAUAGCUAGAAUUCAGCUUGCACAUGUAUUAACAACUGAGAAAACAAGAUUCUUAGGCCAGUCGGGUGACCAGUGCUGGAGACAGACCUACACUGAGAGAGUGCCUGUUACUGCAGCCAAAGACCCCAAUGAGAAAGUUGCCGAGUUGUGUUACUUCAUGACUUUAGAGGACUUUGGUCUGGUGAGAUCUCAAGAGAUUUUGAUAUCUGAAUCUUCACAGAGCACCAGUACCAGCCAGCCCAGGCCAGGACCUCCUUGUCAGCCUCCACACAGUCAUCAGCUGGACACUGAGCCUGAACCAAGACAGACUUUGGAGUACAAGGCUGCCCUGGAAUUGGAAAUGUGGAAGGAACUGCAAGAAGACAUGUUUGAGAACCAGCUGAAACAGAAGGAGCUGGCCCAUAUGCAGGCCCUGGCAGAGGAGUGGAAGAAAAGAGACCGAGAGAGGGAGGCACUUGUAAAGAAAAAAGUAGCAGAGUACACUAUGUUGGAGGAACAGCUUCAGAAAACCCUGGCUGAUUUAGAAAAGAGAGAAAAACAGCUUGCCUUUUCCGAGACAGAGCUUCAUAGGCUGCAGCGGGAGAUGAAAGCUGAGCAUGACCGUAGCCUGAGGGAGCUACAGGACAGCAGCCGACGACUCCGAGAAGACUGUGCCCACCAAGUGGAACUGGAGAGAUUAAAGGUCAAACAGCUAGAAGAGGACAAACAGCGUCAACAACAACAGCUUCAGGAUGCAGAGCACAAAUACAGACUACUGGAAAAAGAAUUUCUCCUGUUCAGGGAGCAGCAAAACACCAAACCAGAAAUCCGACUUCAGUCAGAGCUCAAUCUGCUGAGUCUUGAAAAAGUGGAACUUGAAAGAAAGCUGGAAUCUGCCACAAAAUCUAAGCUUCACUACAAGCAACAGUGGGGACGAGCCUUAAAAGAACUUGCCAGACUCAAGCAGAGAGAACAGGAGAACGCCAUGGCUCGACUGAAGAAGCAGCAGCAGGAGCUUGAGCACAUGCGACUGCGGUACCUGGCAGCAGAGGAAAAGGAAGUUGUCAAAACGGAGAAACAGGAGCUGGAAGAGAUCAGAAACGAACUUAACAGGUUAAAACAGCAUGAAGACAAACGUCUGUCAAGGGAAACAGCAACCAGGACAACAGAUGGACAUCCUGUCCAGGGCUUGAGUGAAAGCAUGGACGAUUAUCUGAGCAGACUGAUAGAAGAGCGGGACACACUGCUAAGGACGGGGGUGUACACUCACGAGGAUCGCAUUAUCAGCGAGCUGGACAGGCAGAUUCGAGAAGCUUUGGCAAACAGGGGUAGCAACUGAUGCAGGAAGGGCCAUCUUAUCUCCAACCUUAUUCCAGUCUUCUGCUUCCCAUCAAUGCACCUAACGUGUCACGCGUUAACAAGUUAUUUGAAAAGUGUGUACAUAUUUAUACAUGUAUGUUUGAACGUGUACAUUUUGUAGCAUUUUAAGUGUAAUUUAUUAUUCUGUAUUAAUGAAAGUCCUCUUUUAGUAUUCCAUUUUUUGUAAAAAUAUUUGACCCCAUCACAUCGAUAUGAGCGUAAAGUAAAUAUUGGCUAACACAGCAGUGGUGAAAAUAUUUUCUCCAUGAAGAUGAUUAUAACAGCUGUAAAAAUAUAGCUACAUUGAAAAGUCCAACAUGGAGUUUCUUAAAGUAAAGGCUGCAUGUGAUUGGGCUUUGUACAAUGAUUUACAUUUAUUGCCCUGUUUAAGUUAUUUCUCAUCUAGUGUUCUCUGCAUUAGAUUUAAAUUGUAGUUCUGCUCUGCGAUCAAGUGGAUAUGUGGUCUCUGUGACCAGUAGAGGGAGCUCUAAUAUUAAGAAAGGCUGUUCUUGGGGGGGAAUAAGGUCAGAACUUUGUUUUUCACUUCAAUUUGUCUUUUCACUUAAGUCUGUUGUGUUUGUGGAAUACAACAUUCUUAAAACUAUUUUUAUUAAUUUAAAAGAGCAAAAUAAAUUCCAUUUGUACAGAAUAAAGUUUUGAUCAAGCAAAUUAAAAAUAUUUUAAAUACCUCUUUGUUUAAAUCAAAAAUGAUUGUGUAAGUUAAGAACAAACAAGAUCUGCUUGUGAAUAGCUGCGUUUGUAAUUACAGUAUUUCUCAGACUUCACUGAUAGUAUUGUCUUGGAAAUGGUGCUUUGGAAGUUAAUCUAGCAUAGGAAAUUUAGGUUUACUUAAUGGUUUUUCAGUAUUUAAGAAUUAAUGUGACAAACGUAUGAAAAGGAGUAUAGAAUUUAUCAGUAGUGUAGUUGGAAAAACUAUUUCUGCUAAAAGGUCAAUGUAUUUGUGCAAUCUAAAAGUAUUUAAGAUAUUCUAAAUUUAAAGCACUAAUAUUUUCACACAGCCACAGCAAAUUUAUAGAAACUUCUGAAAGUUGCCUUUCACUCUGUUUUAAAGGUGGCUUAACACCAAAGCAAAAUGCUAAGUACCAAAUCAUCAAGGGGAAAGUGGGAGAUUUGUCCAAAGGUCUUAAAAUAUUAUCGACUUCAACCACCUCGACCUCUAGUGUCAGGGAUAGUGAGAUAUCCUGGUUUUGACUGUGUUUUCCUUCAUCAAGAUAUUUAAGGUUAAAAUAAUGGUUUGAUCCAAGAAGUGUAAUACAAAUAUAUGAAAUGUGGUUUGGGACCUUAACCAAUUAGGCAUAAUCAAGAUACAACAUCUUUAAGACUACUGUUUGAAGCUGACCUCAUGAAUGUGGUGUCUGUGACAGAGCUCCAUGGCACAUAAAAAGAAGAGACAUAUUUGGCUGAUAACUAAGUGACUCCCAAGUCAAGCGGGACCACAUAAAGAAGCAAAUUGAGUCAGUCUCACCAGUGUUAUGAUUAGCCUGGAAAGGAGAAACUCAUGUUGGAAAAGAAUCCCAUCCUAUUUGUGAAAAAAUAGAAGUGGAUUUUUUUAUGUUGUGGGUCUUUCCUCUGGUCCUCGUUUCCUACUUAGAAACUAAGAAAAGCUUUUCAGGUUUACCAGACUAGUUUGACCAGAAACAAUUGCCUUCUGUCAAUAAGUUCAAAUUUAUUAACUUUGGUAAUUCACAUUACAAUAAAUCUUAAUUGGUAAUCAAA